CCAUGUGGUUGGUCCUGAUGAGAGUGUGCGCUGCCUGUCGACAAAAGAGGGGAAGGAGAGGAAAGAUGAGCUCCGUGCGUCAGGACGCACAAGGAACAGCAUAUGGCCUCUGAUCUAGCCCGAUCUAAACGGGUGAUCUCAAACCGUUGCGCUGCGCAAAGGUGAACAGUGGACAGAUUGGGGGAAAAUGCGAGGAGAAAGGCGCAUCAGACACUCCAGAGUCUGAUCUGCGCGUGCAUGCAGACGUUUAUGCGAGGGUGGCACGAUUGUUCACACCCACACCUUGUCACCAGUGGCGGACGGACUGAACUGUACUUCUGUACAGUUUAUUUUCCUCGCAGUUUACCCAUUUCGGGCUUUGCCAGCAUCGUUGCCACUCGCAGGUCGUCAUCGCAUCUACCAGGACGAUGGUGUCGUCGUUAUUUAUUUUGAUGCCCAGACGGGCUUAUUUGCGUUGCUUCUGUCCAUAAGGAUUUUCCUUCACCGUACUUAUACUUUUUAAAUCAGAUUUUUUUAUUAUAAUUAUUAUUAUUUCGCGUUUUUAUUCCCCGGUUUGUCUUUAAGAUAGCAGCCUAUUAAUAUUUAAUUCUUAUGCAUCCGCAUGAAGACGGCACCAAAGAGGAGCAAACGAGCGAUAACCGAGAGGGAGAGGGAGGCAGCUGAGGAGGCAAAGCAGAAUGAAUGAGACACUCUGAGCAUCCAAGGAGAAGGAGAUUGGAGACAUUGAGGGUCACCCUCAGGGAGGGUGUGAGCGGAGAAAAGUGCCACCCUACUCACCCGUGCCUGCUGACCACCUUUACGCUUUAGUGGCGUCCAUUUGCCCCGCUCCCUGCUAAGCUUCAAACAUGGCUCUAGCGAUCUGGAUCGUCUUCAGCUGUUCCGUGGCUUUUAGCAACAUCGCUCUGUCCUCCCAGGCUCUAAGCCGAUCAAUGAUGCCAUUUGGACUGAUGCGCCGGGAGCUGGCAUGUGAAGGCUACCCAAUCGAGCUGCGCUGUCCGGGAAGUGAUGUCAUCAUGAUUGAGACGGCCAACUAUGGCCGCACCGAUGACAAAAUCUGUGAUGCGGAUCCUUUUCAGAUGGAGAAUGUGCAGUGUUACCUGCCCGACGCCUUCAAGAUAAUGUCACAGAGGUGUAAUAAUCGCACUCAGUGUGUGGUGGUCGCGGGGUCAGACGUGUUCCCAGACCCCUGCCCAGGGACCUACAAGUAUUUGGAGAUCCAGUAUGAGUGUGUCCCCUACAAAGUGGAUCAAAAAGUUUUUGUGUGCCCUGGGACAUUGCUGCGGGUGCAGGUGCCCAGCUCUCAGCAGGAAGCUGAGCACCAGGCGGGGGCUUGGUGUAAGGACCCUCUGCAGUCUGGGGACCGUCUGUAUGUCAUGCCCUGGACCCCCUACCGCACAGACAUGCUGUAUGAGUACGCCUCCUGGGAAGACUUUAAACAGAACCGAGCCACAACUACCUACAAGCUGCCAAACAGAGUGGACGGCACAGGCUUUGUUGUAUACGACGGUGCAGUAUUUUACAACAAAGAACGCACUCGAAACAUUGUCAAAUAUGACCUACGUACGCGCAUCAAAAGCGGUGAAGCCAUUGUCACAAAUGCCAACUAUCACGACACUUCCCCGUACCGCUGGGGAGGAAAGUCAGACAUCGACCUCGCCGUGGAUGAAAAUGGCCUCUGGGUGAUAUACGCCACUGAAUCCAACAACGGACGACUGGUGGUCAGCCAGGUUAACCCUUACACACUUCGCUUUGAAGGCACCUGGGAGACAAGCUUCGACAAGAGGAUGGCUUCCAACGCCUUUAUGGCCUGUGGCGUUCUUUAUGCGGUGCGGUCAGUCUACCAGGACGACGACAGCGAAGCAGGCGGCGACCUGUUGAUGUACGCCUACAACACCAACCGUGCGCGUGAGGAGCCGGUCAACAUUGCUUUCCCAAAUCCCUACCAGUAUAUAUCAUCUGUGGACUACAACCCUCGAGACAACCAGCUUUACGUCUGGAACAACUACAAUGUCCUACGCUACCCACUUGAAUUCGGACCACCAGACCCCACUACCGGCCCUCUGACCACCACUCAAGUGACCCCAACUCCACCAGCUAGACCAUUCACCUCCAGUGCCAGUCCCUCUACCAUACGUCCUCUGGCCCCCACCUCACGCCCAAUCGGCUCCAUUAACAAGCAACCUGAUCUCCGUCCAAUCACAGCCACGGUACCCGUCACUCGUCGGCCACCUCCCCCUCCUCAAGGCCCACAACGGUAUUUUUGUGAGACUAAGCUCAUCCGGGGUAUCCAGUGGCCAACCACUCAGCGAGGGGAAACUGUUGAUCGUCCUUGUCCUAAAGGAUCCUUGGGUAUUGCUUCGUUCCAGUGCCUGGCGGAUCAGGUCAUUUGGAACCCACGGGGUCCUGACCUAAGUAACUGCACCUCCCCCUGGGUCAACCAGGUGGCACAGAAGAUAAAGAGUGGAGAGAACGCUCCCAACAUAGCCAGUGAGCUAGUGAACCACACGAGGGGACGAAUCCAAGCCGGUGAUAUUAGUUCGACUGUCCGGCUGAUUGAGCAGCUGCUGGAUAUACUGGAUGCCCAGCUGCAAGCCCUUAAGCCCAGGAAUAAAGAGUCAGCAGGGCGAAACUACAAUAAGUUCCAGAAGCGAGAGCAGAAUUGUCGAGCAUAUAUCCAGGCGGUUGUUCAGACAGUAGACAACCUACUGCGUCCUGAGGCCCUGGACUCUUGGCAAGAUAUGAACAGCACUGAGCAGGCUCACACUGCAACCAUGCUCCUGGACGUCCUGGAAAAAGGAGCUUUCCUCCUGGCUAACAACAUGUACGGGAAUCGCUUCUCUGACCGAGCCCCCAGCGUUGAUCUGGAGGUUCACGUUGUCAACACAGAGAUGGACCUGCAGGAUUUAUCUUUCCCACAGAAUUACGCUAGUGACAGCACCAUCCAGCUUUCAGCCUCCACCAUCAAGCAAUACAGUCGGAAUGGGCAAGUAAAAGUGGUUUUCAUUCUGUACAAAAAUUUGGGGUCUUUCUUGUCCACUGAGAAUGCUACAGUUAAGAUAGAAAUGGAGGGACCGAGCUAUGAAAGGAAGCGCCUGGCGGUUAACUCUCAUGUAAUCGCUGCCUCCAUCAACAAAGAAUCCAGCAGAGUGUUUCUCACUCAGCCGGUGAUCUUCACUCUCAAACAUCUCCAGAAUAAGAAUUAUUACACUCCAAAUUGUUCGUUUUGGAACUACUCUGAGCGCUCCAUGACCGGCCAGUGGUCUUCGCAGGGCUGCAGGCUGCUGGACACCAACAGCACACACACCACAUGCUCCUGCAGCCACCUCACCAACUUCGCCGUGCUCAUGGCUCACCACGAGGCGGAUGGCCGGAUGCACGAACUGAUCCUGUUCGUGAUCACCUGGGUGGGCAUCGUCAUCUCCCUGGUGUGUCUGGCCAUCUGCAUCUCCACUUUCUGCUUCCUGCGGGGUCUGCAGACUGACCGCAACACAAUCCACAAGAACCUCUGCAUCAACCUCUUUAUCGCUGAGCUGCUCUUCCUCAUCGGUAUUGACAAAACGGAAUAUCAUAUCGUCUGUCCCAUCUUUGCAGGCCUUCUCCAUUUUUUCUUCUUGGCUGCCUUCUCCUGGAUGUGUCUGGAAGGCGUGCAACUCUAUCUCAUGCUCGUGGAGGUCUUUGAGAGCGAGUACUCACGCAAAAAGUACUACUAUCUGUGCGGCUACUGCUUCCCCGCGCUGGUGGUGGGCAUCUCAGCAGCCAUAGACUACAGGAGCUAUGGGACCAAAAAAGCAUGCUGGCUAAGAGUGGAUAACUACUUCAUCUGGAGCUUCAUUGGACCUGUGUCAUUUGUCAUUAUGCUCAACCUCAUUUUCCUCAUGAUCACUCUCCAUAAGAUGAUUCGCAAUUCUUCAGCACUCAAGCCAGAUUCAAGUCGCCUGGAUAACAUCAAGUCAUGGGCUCUUGGGGCCAUUGCGCUGCUGUUCUUGCUUGGGCUAACAUGGGCCUUUGGCCUCCUCUUUAUCAAUGAGAACACGGUGAUCAUGGCCUACCUGUUCACCACUUUCAAUGCCUUCCAGGGAAUGUUCAUCUUCAUCUUCCACUGUGCACUGCAAAAGAAGGUCCAUAAGGAGUACAGUAAAUGUCUGCGUCACUCCUACUGCUGCAGCCGCUCUUCCACCAACAGCUCCCACGGUUCCCUGAAGAACUCGGGCCUCCGUGCCAACAACCGCUACUACACCGGCAGCCAAGCUCGCCAUGCAGCUGUCCACAGACAGAGUCGGAUCCGUAGGAUGUGGAACGACACGGUUCGAAAGCAGACAGAAUCUUCAUUCAUGGCAGGAGAUAUAAACAGCACCCCAACACUCAAUCGUGCGACCAUGGGCAACCACCUCCUGACAAACCCAGUGUUACAGACCCGCUCUGGUACCUCUCCCUACAACACUCUGCUUGCUGAAAGCUUCACCCCUCCCUCACCUGGAGUCUUCAACUCUACAGGAACCUUCCGUGACCCAAAGAGUACACUUUCUAAGCCCCGAGACCCCUGUGGAAUGGAGACCCUUCCCUUAAACGGCAACUUCAACAACAGCUACUCCAUACGAAGUGGCCCGUCAGGUGGGGGCGGCGGCGGCAGCUGUGAUUUUCUAGCCGGAGGAGGGGGAGAAACUCCCCCACCUAUCUUCAACCCGCGAAGUUCAGAAACGCUGGGAGGUGGAGGCACACGGCGAAACCUCACGGAUGCUGCAGCCUUUGAGAAAAUGAUCAUUUCUGAGCUUGUCCAUAACAACCUGAGAGGAGGUGUAGGCGGAGGGCCUGCAGGGGGUGGAACUGAUGUAGGGGACAGAACGUAUGCCAGUCUGGUGAGGGGACAUCCUCACUGUGGAGGGGGCCGUGCAACAACUUCAGGUGGACCAGAACCUUCAAUCAGCAUGGAUGAGGACGAUGAGUUUCUCAGUGAUGGACGGCAAAGAACACCUCAGGAUGUAGAACUCCUGUAUAAAGCUCUAGAAGAACCCCUACUGUUGCAGCGGGCCCAGUCGGUCCUCUAUCAGAGUGAUCCAGAGGAGUCGGAGAGCUACACAGCUGACCUUACAGAGAGCCUUGGCAACAGCGGUCAGAGCGGUGGUGGGCAGGGAGACAACAGAGCGCCGGACUCACCAGCCCAUGACUCCCUGUACACUAGCAUCACCAACCUGCGAGACUCUCCCUAUCCAGACAGCAGCCCUGAGCCGCUUGAGGUUGUGCCCCGUUCAGCUCAGCCCCCUGAAGAGCUGUACUACAGCUCUGGGAGGCCUGCCCUUGGUUCUCGUGGGGCUCCCAUGCAGACCUUCUACCAGGCUCCACCUCAAAGACCCAGCGGGGAGGGACAGCAGGCUCAAGAGCCUGCCCACACUGAGGGAGACGGACAGAUGCAACUGGUCACCAGCCUGUGACUGGAGCCUGGAGGAGGGAGCUGGAAACUUUUGUGAUAGCCAGAGCCUCCUUUAAGUGGUCUCUUUCUCAUGUAUCUCCACUAUCUGCUUAUUUGGUUGCCUUUAUUUCUCUUGACUUUUAUUUAACUUGCAUAUUUAGAAAACUGACCGACCUUCUGGGGGAGGCACAGCUAACUCUGCUGAUGAAGCCUUUAUCAUCAUCAACUCUCCCUAAUCGUCUGGAUAUGAGUGAUGGGUGUUUUUCAUCAGAGCGUUUGAAACCUCUGUGGCCAAGUCCAGCACUCUGAAUGUACCCCCUCCCCCACUUUACCCUUGGAUAUUUCAGAACUUUGCUUUUUUUAUGUGUUCAGAUCUGCCUCAGGAGAUGAGGAUGUUGUUUUAUAUUUUGUCUCAUUUCCCUUUUCUUACCAUCUUUUGAUCUUUUUUUAAAAGUCAUCAUUUGAUAGGGGUAGUUAGCUGUGCAGACAGGGAAUAUUGUACACUAUUAUUACCUGAAAUGUCUCACAGAAAGCUCUUCAUCGUUGCCAAAAAUAUCUUUUAUUGAGCCAGAACAGAAACUAGAACAUUCACAAGCCACACAAACACACACACACACAUCCUGAAGUGCUUGUUUCUGAACAUCAAAAGCAAAGACAGCACUCCGUUUAAGUAAACGGGAGCAAAAGGUUUUGUUCCAAGCAGGCAGAGGAAGCCGAUUCAGUGUAGUUGCCUUCAUUUAGUCUUGCUUUGAAUCAGAAGUGUACAGAAGUGGAGUACAGGUGGAGACAGAGACUCAGGAGGUGCUGUAUCAUCAUCCAUCCAGAGCUGGAGAGCCUGCACCCAUAAUACUGGGAUAUGCUCUCUGCUGCUCUCUGUGUUUGCUUUAGGCCUUUGAAAUGUUAAAUGACUGCCUUGCUGUUGUUUAAAGAGAGUAUUCAGUUUCUAAAUCCCGGGGCUGCAAAUGCACAUUGUUGCCCUAAUCCCCUUGUACUUCGCUGUUAGAGCCUAGAGUAAAAACGGACUACUUGUGUGUUUUUGUGGCAAACAGGACUGCAGAUGUCACAGACGCACUGAACGACAGUUGGUAUAACCCUGUACAUAGCGAACCACACAUGAAUCUACUUUAUUCCUAUUAUGUAAAUACAGACACCAGAUGAUUAAAAGCAACAAAAGGUAAUAAAUACUAUGAAAAUGACUUCUUGUACUACAACAAAUUGUUGAAGGAAAAGAAUAAAAAUGCUUUGUGACCUGGAUGAAACACUCUAUCUCUCUACCCCAGACCAUAAUCUCUCACUCUUAUUCAUUUUUUGCCGUGAAACUUCUUAUCUAUCCAAAGAAGAGAGAAAGUCAGACAAAGAAAAGGGGGCAAGAGUCAUUAAGAUGUAAGGAAAUAUUUAGUGAUUUAAAAGGGAAAAAAAGCAAUGAAAAAGUUCUGGCAUAAUUCUAAACGUGAUAACAUCCAACACAUCAAGUUUUAACCGUUAACAUUACACGGGUUGAAUUUCCAAAGCCAGUUGGGAGAUAGGGCUGCGGGGCAAGCGAGAUAGAUGUUGUCAAAUGUCAUUCUGUUCCUCAUGAGCACGUUGAAGUACUCUGUGGUGAGCAACGGCAUCCAUGACGUGAUUCGGUUUUGCUUUUGUAUUAUUUGGAAAAUUUUAAUCAGAUACAAUACCUUUAACAUGGGUUUUAGCAUGUAAAAUAAUGGCAUUUGUUUUGCUGUCAGAGAAUAUUGCAUUUUGCUGUUUCUUAAAGAUAGUUUCAGCAUUACUCCAAAGCCUUAUGUGACAACUCAUUAUUUUCCAGUGUGCAUGUGACUGUGUGCAUGUAAGUGUGAAUGUAACUGUAUGCGUUGUGUCUGAUUAUGUUUUAAGCGUGAGACUUUAUUGUGCACACUGCUUUAACAAGCUAUUUUCUGCUGACAUGAAAUGAAUGCAAAUCAAACAAAGAGAGAUGCUCAUCUCUGAAAGUCACCAUUAGCUCCCUGCCUCAAACAGAUAUAGGCUUUUCAGAGACGGUCAUGAGUAUGUAGAACAGAAAGAAUCAGAGUGCCUUGAGAGAACAGACGUAACACUAGUAGAUGAAUGUGAAAAGCCGCUUGACUGAUCGGAAAGAAUGUGUUUCCAAUAUGUCACCCAGUAAAAACAAAAUUAGCCAUCAAAGGAAAAAUGCUCCAAAGGGUUUCUACUAAUGGUUAAAAUCCAUUUGACUUUUCAAGAAUGUUUGCCUUCUGUUAUCCUUUUUUUUUUUUUCAGAAAAUGUUGUGGUUUAAUAUUCUAUUUGCCAUAUACCUAUGAUUUUUUAAGUAUAAACUUCUAAACCUACAAGAAGUAAAAGAGAAUAUGAUGUGGUAACGCAGUGUGAACAGAAGAAAGAUGCAUCUAUCCAAGUGUGACAUUUGGCUGGAGCCUUAGUGUACCAUUUCUAAAGGGAAACCUUUAGCUGUGGCAUCCGAGGCUGACAGAGAGAGAGGGUUAACGACAGAUAAAGACAAGGGAUUACAAGGAUUUGCUACCAUUUCAUCAGGUUAUUCUAAUUACUCACUUAAGUUAUAUUGUAUUGGCUGUGAAGGAAAAAGGUUGAAAAAUAAGGCAUCAGUAUCAUCACUUGAGCUGUAGGGGGAAAGUGUGCAGUGCUCUUUUGAUUAAACAUGACCUGGAUUUGCAA